CCCCUCGGCCGGCCACGCCCCUCCAGGGGACUGCGCGGCGGGAUGCGCCAGGAGCCGGGCGGCCGCGGGAGGAGGCGGUGCCCGGUGGCCGGUGGCCGCGCACCAUGGGGAACAAGCAGACCAUCUUCACGGAGGAGCAGCUGGACAACUACCAGGACUGCACCUUCUUCAAUAAGAAAGACAUCCUCAAGCUGCACGCGCGGUUCUAUGAGCUGGCCCCCAACCUGGUCCCCAUGGACUACCGGAAGAGCCCCAUCGUCCACGUGCCCAUGAGCCUGAUCAUCCAGAUGCCGGAGCUCCGGGAGAACCCCUUCAAGGAGCGGAUCGUGGAGUCUUUCUCGGAGGACGGCGAGGGCAACCUCACCUUCGACGACUUCGUGGACAUGUUCUCCGUGCUCUGCGAGUCGGCGCCCCGCGACCUCAAGGCCAACUACGCCUUCAAGAUCUACGACUUCAACACGGACAACUUCAUCUGCAAGGAGGACCUGGAGAUGACGCUGGCCCGGCUGACCAAGUCGGAGCUGGAGGAGGACGAGGUGGUGCUGGUGUGCGACAAGGUCAUCGAGGAGGCCGACCUGGACGGCGACGGCAAGCUGGGCCUCUCCGACUUCGAGGACAUGAUCGCCAAGGCGCCCGACUUCCUCAGCACCUUCCACGUCCGGAUCUGAGGACGCGGCCGAGCUCCGGGCCCGCCGCCCGCCGCCGUCCACCUCCGCUGUCUGCACAGCUCUGACCUCCCAGGACCAGGACGGCAGCUGCGGCCUCGGGGGCUGACCCCCACCGACACGUCCUCGGCCCUUUCAGCAAAAACCCUCCACGGGGAGGGGCGGGAGGAGGGGAGGGG